UCAUACGAAUCGACUUUCGUCCGGCUCUAGUUUUCACGCUCGACGUUUUUUCGUUUAAAAUCGCAAAAAACACAAACAAAUCAGUGAUAAAUAAUAUUGCAACCAAGCGGUAGCUCAAGCGGAACUGUCGACGCAUUAAUUACGAUUACGACAUAAAAACCAUCCAGUGUAUGUGCACUUCAGUUGUUGACUAACUUGCCACUAACGCAAAAGAAUAUUUUGAGCGGAUGUGCGUGUGUGUUUGUGUGUGUGCGAGCGAGAUAUCAUGCACUUUGUGUAGAAAAAUAAAAGUAUAAAAAAGAUGCCGAGCAUUUAGAUAAUAGUUCAACCGCAAACGCUUUUGAAACGGACUCCAGCUGGGUAACUCGUGUGGCAAACUGAACCCAAACCGGCAGAGGCAGCGGCAGCAGGAACAGGAGCAGGACCUGGACCAGCGGCACUGGCAACCACCUGGCCAAAUGGGUGGCAACAGCACUGGAGCGAACACGAGCGCCUUUAGCGCAGGCGGUUACAUUGGGCCCACGUCGGCCAGCAGUCAUCACAGCCUGGGAACUUCAUCCGCAGCAGCGGCGGCGGCAGCAGCAGCAGCAGGAAGCGACCUGAUACCCGCACCCAUUGGCACGGGCCACGCCAUGGGUGUGUCCUCGUAUGCGUACGGAGGCACCAGCUGGGAGGAGUUCUGCGAACGACACGCCCGUGUGGCUGCCUCGGAUUUCGCCAAGGCCUGCAUCACGUACAUCAAUGGCAAUCUGCCGCCGGAGGAGGCGAGGAACAUCCAGCAUCGCAGCUUUGCUCAGAAAUUUGUGGAAUCCUUCUCGGCGCACUAUGACACGGAGUUCUUUAAGCGGAGGAGCACUCUGAAAUCGGGAGCGGGCUCGCUGGACUUCGAGGAGGAGCACGAGGUGCCGAAGCUGCUCUCAAAGUCUCUACUAAGACGACUAUCAUUCAAAGGACUGCGCAAGGGCAAGAUUUCUCUGCUACAGGCCUUCUUCCACAAGAACUCGGAUGAUGUGGACGGCAGCGGUGGCAGCGGCAAGCAGAGCAAGACGAAGCUGGCGAAGAUCGUGGUGGAGUGCCGCAAGGAGGGCACCGUGAACAACCUCACGCCGGAGAGUCUGGAUCAACCGACGGGCUCCCAAAAGUGGGAGAAGUGCCGACUGGUGUUGGUCAAGGCAGUGGGUGGCUACAUGCUGGAGUUUUACACACCUCACAAGGCGACGAAGCCGCGCAGUGGAGUCUUUUGUUUCCUCAUCUCGGAGGCGCGCGAAACCACGGCUCUGGAGAUGCCGGACAGGCUGAACACGUUCGUCCUGAAGGCGGACAACAACAUGGAGUAUGUGAUUGAGGCGGAGAGCGCUGAGGAGAUGCGUAGUUGGCUAGCCACUAUACGCUACUGCAUGCGAACGCCACCCACUCAGCAGCCAACGAUCGAGUCGGACGGUGUGAUGGCGUCCGCCAUGCAAACAUCGCCCACAAAUCCGAGUCCCAAUCCCAUUGGCGGCAUUCAGAAUCCCCAGUACCAGCAGCAGGGCGGCUCCAAUGGCAAUCUGGUGGGAGGCGGAGCUCCACUCACCUCAUCCCUGUCUGCAGACAGUGCUUUGGGCCAGGGAGGUGCCACAUCUGCCAGCGAACUAAAUGUCAUCAACGAGUUGGGCACCACACCGCCCUCGGGGCCACCAGAUAUACCUGUGCGACCCCAUCGUGGUGAACAGCGCCUGUCCGCCUCCAGCAACUUCGAUGGCAUCGAAGGCACCGAAAACGAUGCAGAUGUGGCGGAUCUGACGGCUGAAAUGAGCGUCUUUCCCUGGUUCCACGGCACACUGACGCGAUCGGAAGCUGCGCGAAUGGUCCUGCAUUCGGAUGCGGCCGGACAUGGAUACUUCUUGGUGCGACAGAGCGAGACGCGCCGCGGAGAGUUCGUCCUGACCUUUAAUUUCCAAGGACGGGCGAAGCAUUUGCGGCUCACCAUCUCGGAGAAGGGUCAGUGUCGCGUGCAGCACCUGUGGUUUCCCUCGAUCCAGGAAAUGCUCGAACACUUCCGCCACAACCCAAUACCUCUGGAAUCGGGCGGCACUUCGGAUGUGACUCUAACCGAAUGGGUGCACUCACACAGCAGACUGAAUGAUCCGACGAUGGCAGCAAAUCAUGACUCAGGACAACUCAACGAUCUUUCCACGAAUGGCAAUGGCAAUGGAAAUGGAAACGGCAAUGGCAAUGGCUACGAUAAUGGCCAGGGAUCCUCGAUGGCAUCGAAUGCGGCCGGAGGAAGUGCAUCGGGAGCUGCUGGCGGUGGCCAUCCGUCGCCGAGACAUUGCAACGAAGUGAUUACCAUGAAUCUGAGUGUUCGCCUAAAGACAAAUGAAAUCGAACUGCCACAGGAGCCAACACACGUCUAUUUUCCGGAGCAAGUCUAUUUCCAUUUGGAUCCCACAACGCUAACAGUGCACGGAUCACCGCCAACGGCCCAGAAUUUCCUGGACCAGCCACAUCUGCGGGCCUCGAACGCCUCCCUUCAGGCAGCUGCCCAUCAUACGGCGGGCUCUGCCAGCAACCGGCAUCCCAGCGAUGGUGGCAGCAACAGCGGCGGAGCAGCAGGUGGAUCGGGAUCCAGUGGUGGAGCCGCCGAAUGCACCGGACGGGCCGUCGAUAAUCAGUACAGCUUCACCUAAGUCCGCGCGAUCGAUCCUCAACUGCAUUUCGUGGCUUUACCAGCGGAACUUUACUUUUGUGCCAUUUUAAUCAUUGUCCUGAAGGAGAGAGGAAAAUUGUGUUUUCUUUUUUCGCAUCCAAUGUGCGUUCUUUGCUUUCUUGAUUCACUUGUUUCUAUUUUAGUUAGUACCUCUUUUGGAAGACAUGAAGUAACUGAACAUUAUUAUGUAUACAUUAUAUAGCUAAAUGUGUGUGUUCAUUUUAAGUACAUCAAUGUUGUAUGUAUAGAAAAGAAAAACCUACAAAGAAAAACCUAAAAAAAAAACGCAAAUGAAAAUUGUACGAUUUUUGUGGGCACCAAAGGUGCGACUCAUGCGAAUCCUAAAACUUCCUGCUUUACAAAACAAAAAUACAUACAUAUAUACUAUACUUAUAAAUAUAAAUUAUAUAUACAUAAAUAUAUAUUGAAAUUGGUAAACUACAAUAAAUGAAGUUAUGUAAAAGUAAA